CUAGCAGAUAAGGAUGGUGUUUGGCCAGUAAUACAUGCAUGCAUGUAUCUAAAGCGGAAAUGCUUUCUAAUCUCCUCUAGAAGCUAAAUGAAUUUCAUUUAAGCUAUUUUGAUGGCUUAUCCUUGACUGUUUGGUUGAGCUGUAUGUUUAGAAUAUUAGAAAUAUUUAUGUUUCUGAACUGAUCAAAGUGUGAAAAAUUAUUGGGUUUAUGGUAGACUCCUCUGACAGACGGACACAGCAUUCAUUCCUUAUAUGAACGCGGAAAGUUGGUCGAAGAAAAGAUUGCACUUUACCUUCAUCAAAAGGCAUUGAAAUAAACUACCUAGCUACAGAGAAGAUGGAAUGUGCAGUACAAUUAACUCUUUGGUGUUUUGUCUGAAGACUGGGAAACUUGUUAUGCUGUUUUAUCUUCAUUUGGAUCUCCUGUUAUAAGCCAGACCUUUUCUCUGUCCGACGUGAAAAUUUGACUAUAGAGCUUUGCAAAUGCUGCUCAGGCGACUAAGAUACUAUCAGUGCCAACUAAGACACAUGAAGAUAUUCCUGCUCCCCAUCCUGACAUUAGCUCUACUUUCAGUUACUGUAAAGCAAAAAUAUAAUCCAGAACAGAGCAAUUCUCUUGAGCUAAUUGAAAAUUACUAUGAACACCUAGUAAACUGCUCAAAGAUAAUUGAUGGUGAUCAAGAUGAAAUAGAUAAAGUAAAAAUUCUGACAAUAUCAAAAGAAUUUAAGCAACGCCUCAGAGUAAAAGAUUCGAACUAUACGGAAUGGACUAAAGAUUGCCAAACAUACACCAAAGUCCGUAAGUAUAUAACGAAACCACUCAGCAAACAAGAAGAAGAAUUCCCAAUUGCAUACUCGAUAGUAGUUCAUUACAGAGCAGAUAUGUUUGAAAGGCUGCUACGAGCAAUAUAUCAGCCUCAGAAUUAUUACUGCAUUCAUGUUGAUAAAAAGUCUUCAGAGUCCUUUUCUGCUGCUAUUAAAGGGAUAGUAUCUUGUUUUGAUAAUGUCUUCAUUGCCAGCAAAUUGGAGGAUGUGGUCUAUGCAUCAUGGAGCAGAGUACAAGCUGAUCUAAACUGUAUGGCAGAUCUGCUGAAAAUGAAUGCAUCUUGGAAAUACUUGAUAAAUCUUUGUGGGAUGGACUUCCCAAUUAAAACUAAUCUGGAAAUUGUGGAAAUACUCAAAUCUCUGAAAGGCAGAAAUAACUUGGAGACUGAAAAAAUGCAACCUCAUAAAGAGAAGAGAUGGAAGUUUCAUCACGAAGUUGUUAAUGGCAGAAUAAAAGACAUGGGAAUUGCUAAGCAACCUCCUCCUGUAAAGACACACAUUUUUUCAGGAAAUGCAUAUUUCAUUGUUUCCCGGGGUUUUGUAGAAUAUAUUUUUAAGGAUAAAAAAAUUCUUUCAUUUUUUGAAUGGGCAAAGGACACUUUCAGUCCCGAUGAAUUUGUGUGGGCCACAUUGCAGCGAAUCCCUGGGGUUCCUGGUUCUGUACCUCCUCACUCCAAAUAUGAUGUUUCAGACAUGAACUCACUGGCCAGAUUUGUACAGUGGGUGUACUUUGAAGGUGACGUUUCCAAUGGGGCACCUUAUCCGCCAUGCAACGGUCCUCAUGUUCGAUCAGUCUGCAUUUUUGGAGUGGGAAACCUGAAAUGGCUUUUGCAGACAGCUCAUUUAUUUGUCAAUAAAUUAGAUACAGACAUUGACCCAUUUGUAGUUCAGUGUUUGGAAAGACAUUUGAGAAACAAAAUACUAAAGCAAAUAUUUUAAACUGUGAGCACAUUAAACAAACAUUUAAAACAUUA